ACGCUAAUUGUGCACCACUACAAUAAAGGUGUGGAAAUCUGUUUCCACAAAAGAAAACGCAAAAAUUAAACAGAGAUAAUUUUGUGCAAAGAGAAUAACUUUCUCUAUUAUUGAAUUUCCAGAAUUACGCUGUUAUGUGCCCAAAAGGCUUAAAUUGAUAUUGUUUGAUUGUGAAAAGAGUGUGUGUAGCGCACGUCAAUGAAAUAGCGGUAACCAGCGACACGAAGCGUGCUUAGUUGGGGAGAGCUUUACGGAUCGAACAUAUUGCAGCGAACAUCGAAUAAAGCAACAUGCCGUUGCCAAAGCGAUCUAUAGAGCCCGUUCAUGUCGCACGGUCUGUUUAUCAGCAGGAUGAGCUGCAGUGUGUGGAGUUGGAGACGGUAACAAACACUACACUGACAAACAUCAUAAGGCAGUUGUCAUCACUGUCGAAGCAUGCAGAAGAUGUCUUUGGCGAAUUGGCACGCGAUGUGGGCAACAUUGGUGAUCGUGCCAAUUCUCUACAGGCUCGCAUUGAUCGGUUGGCAAUCAAGGUCACCCAGUUGGACAGCACAGUUGAGGAGGUGCCACUGACCGAUAUAACGCGCAAGAAGGCAUUCAAGUCAGCCAAGAUAUUCGAUCAACAGAUCUUCUCGCGCUCCACAAUGCCCGCUCCAAUGCUGGAGACGUAUGCGCAAUGCGACAAACCACCCCCACUGGACAAGCUCAAUGUGUAUCGGGAUGAUGGCAAGGACGGACUUAAAUUCUACACGGAUCCAAACUACUUCUUUGAGUUGUGGCGACAGGAGAUGAUUAAGGAUACGGAACGCGUCAUGCACGACAAGGGCAAAAAGAUUCAUCGUCCCCGACAAGAAGGUGCAGGAGGUGGUGGCGGUGGUCCUAACAACCGGCACAAGAAACGUGUUCGCACGCCACAUAACACACGCGAAAAGCAGCGACAAAUUGCUUUGGGGCAUGGCGAAACUUUAAUGCCAAACAAUGUUAUUUAUCGGACACCCAACGCCAUGCCCAACGAAGAGGGCGGAUAUGGCACGCAACUAGUUGAAAUCCAAACCGUAAUCGCCGACAGUGAAUUGCAACUGGGGUUGGGCACACUGGCGCGUCGAAGACCCAUCCAACAGCAUCUGGCAAAUAUUGGUGAUGUCCAAGACAUGGGCAUUUAUGACACACGACCACCUCGGCCAAACUCCAUUGAACUACGGCGUAGUUACCCAUCGGAACAGAUCGAUGGCACUGGUUAUGAGCAGCUAACACCACAUGCAGCCGUUAAUCAGUAUGCGGCUACAUAUGGAACAAACGGCAUGACGGCCCCACAACAGAUACAUCUGCAGCAGCAGCAAAUGUACGAUGCCACGCUUUACCAUCAGUCGCAUGGAAUCUAUGGCCAGAGUGGACAAGGUGCCUUAUCGCCGGAACCGAUAUAUGGGCCAGGUACUCCAUCACGUACUAAACCACGACCAUCGCAACCGCCACCGGCGCCACCUUCUAAUGGUAGUGGCGGUGGUACUCCAACGGCAUCUAAUGCAAAUACCCCAACACGAGGACGCAGCAUGUCCACAAGUCGUGAUGCUCUGCCACCACCCCCGCCAGUGCCGGAUGCAGUGUCUCCAUUGUCAGCUAUGAAUGGUGCUGCUAGUGGACACAUGGCGGCCAAGCUACUGGGCCGCACAAACAGUACAUCGCGAGCUGGCUCUCCGCUGAUGGCUCCCAGCAACAGUACCCAGAACGCUAACGAUUUGGUUAUGGCUCAACUGAAUAACACGUUCAAUAGCAUGACCAUGACGAACAGCAACCAAUUGAACUCGCUGAAUGAUUUGCCACCACCUCCGCCAGUUCCCGAUCAGCAUUCUCCAAAAAUGUCACCACCCAAUGUUGCACCACCGCCGCCUCCACCACCGCCACCAGUGGAGGACUUCAUGAACUCUAUGCAGCAAUUACAGCCGCAUCCACAUCAAAUUUUGCCAAAGGGGCUGCCUAAUGGAGAACUGCAUUUAUCCCCGCAACCAAAUGGUGGUGCUCACAUUGUCAGCGCUAAAAAGGUGCAGCCACCAUUCCAUGAUCCACGCAAUGAUUUAAUGAAAGCCAUUCGAGAUGGUAUCAUAUUGCGUAAGGUCGAGAAAUCCGAACUAAAGGAAAUUGAACGCAACACGGCGAUGCUCGACGUAGCCUCAAUUUUGGCUAGACGUGUGGCCAUCGAGUUAUCAGAGUCGGAAGACUCGGACAGCGAAGAUGACAGUGAGGGUUGGAUGGAAACAAACGAAACUUCUGCUUGA